CUUUCCCAUUAUCAUGAAAAAAGCAAUGGCAACCAAGUCAACUGCAAUGUGUUCUACCCUGAGCUCUCCGCUGUUGACAGGCUCUCCUCUGCAAAGACCCAGUCUGCUCAAUAGUUUGAUGUCUGAUAAAGUGUCUAGUCGCCGACCCCCCGGCUGGUACAAGCAAGAGUACAUGAGACAGUCAUUAGCCAGUGCUCCUGGCAUGAGAAGUGUGGAUUUGUUGGGUCAUCAUGGCUGUGUCAACUCACUUGACUUCUCUCCUGGAGGCGACGAGUGGCUAGCAUCGGCCGGGGAUGAUUGCCGUGUGCUGCUGUGGAGGAUGGGGGAGGUGAUGGGGAGAAGAGAGGCUGCCCCUAUCGUUAUGAAUACACAGCACACCUCCAAUGUAUUCAGUGCAGCCUUCUCCUGUGAUAGUGCCUUCAUCUACACUGGAGGUAACGAUGCCGACCUGAUCAAGCACGACUUUGCAAGACUAGAGCCUGUUAGUUGCCACACCCACCUGGAGUCAGUGUACUGUGUAACACCUCACCCCACCUCCCCUCACACGCUCCUCACUGCCUCGGAGGAAGGCUGUGUCUAUAUCAUAGACUCCCGGGAGCCAAUGGGAUCAGCAGUUCGUUUGUGUCAAAAUAUGCUAUCAGUUCGAAGUGUGUCCAUCAAUCCUGUCGAGCCUUGUUUAGUGGGUGUGGCUGAUGGAUUGGGUGUGGCUUUAUACGACACCAGACAAAUGAAGAGAGUGAGUGGAUAUUAUGUGAAUUGUUUGAGCCCUUAUUUCAAUGGGAGUGCAGUAUCAGUGUGCUUCAAUGGUAUGGGUACCCAGCUGUUUGCCUUGUACCGUGACCGCCACCCCUCUCUGUUUAACCUCCAUGAAAGCAAGGCCACCCAAGUCUUCACCGACUCUCAACACUCGUACUCUAACAGGGUCACCCUCAAGUCUGGCUGCUUCAUGGGCCAGAAUGAUGAGUAUGUGGUGUCAGGGUCAGAUGACUUUAGAGUGUACAUUUGGAAGGUUGACCCCAUUGGUAGGACCUCAUCCUGGGGAGAAGUCCCAGAAGUGGAGCCUCACCUUAUACUACCUGGUCAUCGCUCCAUUAUCAACCAAGCACGAUACUCAUACAACCAUCAGCUCCUCGCUACCUCAGGGGUCGAGAAGGUUGUCAAGGUUUGGAGUCACCUCCCACUGAGAGCUAAUGACGUGCUACACACAUCUCGAGACCCCCCCUCAAGGAACAGGUUUCAGCAGCUAUCAGACUCAGACGAGGGUGAACUUGCUAACACUACGCGGGAAGACCCGACGGUAUUAGCCCUCUUUGAUCGAUUGGUAUACCAUGCAGAGACUGGAGAAUUAUCUGACAGUUCCGACUCAUCAGAAGGGGACGAGUGGUACAGUGUGGGUGGCAGUACCGGUAUGUUUGGUUAUGCUGGCAGCAUGCUCUGGGAUGAAGAUGAUUAUGACUCCAUGGAUACGGAUGAUUUCAGUGAUGUGGAGUCAGAUUCAUUGUUCUCAAUAUUUGCCCCACCGUGGGCCCCUCCUGGGUGGAGCGAUUCCUGCAGUAGUGAUGACAUCCCACCACUCAUGAAGACACCACCCCCUAAGCGACCACCCACCAAGAGACCCCCCGCUAAGAGACCACCCACCAAGAAACCGCCCACUAAGCACAAGCCUCCCGCAGAGACACAAGCUGGACCAUCUAAACCUUUCACACGAUCUGCAGCCAAACAGAAUCUCAACACAAACAAAACAACAAGUGCUGCAAAAGGAAAGAAAACUCCUCAGAAAAAGACUAAUAACAGUUCUAAUAAUGGUGAAUCAUCUCACAGAGGCAAGAGGACCUCUCAGAAACAACCACCUCCCCCCAAGACACCCACUCUAGAGCCUGACAGCCAUAACUCUGGUGGUGGCAGCUCUUUAAAAGGGGCCGCUCAAGCUAAUAAGCCAAAGCGACCCAAGGCACGUAAUAUGACAGCCUCCACCUCACAGGACAAUGGACACUCAUCAACCACCACCACUAACAAGAGUAAAGGCAAAGAGUCAUCAUCUGGUCGACCACGGGUGGUAAAGACAUCGGCAGCGCAAGGACAGGGACCAUCCGCCACUGAGCAACCAAGCAGAUUAAGAAGAAAACAUUGAACCAAAUAUCUAGCUAGUUAUAACAUUCCCCAUGCCAUUAUUAUUAUCUUGUUGGGUUGAUACA